CCAUGUUCUCUUUUACGCAUACUUCAUCGUGACGGACGAGUCAACUUAACUAUUUUCUUAAACGGGUUCAACAACAGCCUCCAAAAUACCGCCUCUACGAGAUACCGAUCAAUUCCACUAUGCCUGCUAUUCAGCCAGCGCAGUUGAUAUCAAAAAGGAGCCCAUCGACUCCUUUUAUCCACCGUGCCAAAAUGCAGUUCAUGCAAGCAGGCAUACGCAGGGAUGGAGCCAUACAACCACCAAUAUGGGUCGGGAAAACCUAGCACAGGUCGCUGCACUCGAUGCAGAAUUUGGGCUUAGUUUCUACGAUCCGUACGUAAGCGAGCCGUCCUUGGAUUUGUCGCCUUACUUAGAAGAUAUCGACCUUGACACAAGCCAACAAGCUGAUAUUUUCGACCUCGUUUCGAGCGCCGCGCCACCGAAGCAAGACUACAAGACAACGCAACAGCCCGGCUACAGCACGUUCGACAACGAGUUCGAACAAUUUCUGGACGAAAGCGGCGGCUUUAUGGCCGAAUUCAACGAUGCUGAAGCUUUCGGAAGCCAGACUGUACCGCUGUUCGGCGAUGCGGACUGGCAGUCGUCUUGCUCGGAGCGCUCGCCAUCACCUGAGCUGCCUUCAGAUGCACGAAAGCUCAAGAGCCGACGUCAACGCGGCCGUAAAAGCUCAUCAAACAAGUCGAACCAGGCCGGCGCCGAUAAAGGCACCUACGAAUAUCGCUUGAAACGCGAACGUAACAACGUGGCUGUGAGGAAGAGUCGAAUGAAAACAAAAGAGAAGCAAGUGGCCAUCUUUCGUAAAGCGAGCGAGCUGACAGAAGAAAACGAGGAUCUUCACUCGGUGGUCGCUAGCCUUACUGAGGAGUUACACCGCUUGAAAAGCUAUCUUGCAAAAUCAGGAAUUUCCCAUUUGGACUUGCCAAUUGAGGCUUAGGCAAACUCCAAGGAGGGAUUUCGCGAGGACUUUAGUAGAACCCAUUGGACGUGUCGUAAAAGUAUUUUUUUUAAAAAUUGGAUUGUGACUUUAAAACAUAUAUUUGACUGUUGUGUGUAGUGCAUAUUAAAGAGCUGCAUACUUCAAAUAUGGCUUGCCAUAUUAUUUGUAGAUUAUUCCAUAUACCCAUCUUGGACUGUGGUGCGGGGUAUUUGAAUAUAUAUAUAUAGCCGGUGUAGUCGAGAUAUUUUAGCAAGUUUUUCGAAACCUCUAGAGAGGAUUCGUGCCGUGGAAUCGCUGGAUUGUGCCUGAUUUCAAGUGCAAAUGUACAUUUUAUAUAUAACAAGAUGUACAUUUGUACGUUUAAAUAAUUUUAAAUCGGAGCUGGUAUCCCCCAUGUAAUUCAAACAGUGUGCUGUGUUGUGUUAAUCAACAAUCCAGUGACCUCUGGCAACCCUCAAAAAUGAAGAAAGAAUUUGCUUGUUUAAAAGCGUGUUGAAUUUCGCUUUGUGUACAAAAAUAUUUAUGCCAGUGUGUGUUUGUGCGUUGAGUUAAACCUAAAUUGCGGGAAUACCGAUUGAUUCCAUAUAAUAAUUGGUCCUAAUACUUAUAGCAGUACUGAGUUUAAAGUUUGGGUGAUUUGAAGAUACGAUUUGUCGCAUUUCAAUGCGUGUUUUAAUACAGGGGAACAAGCUUUGAUCUGUCGUGGCCUGUUGUAGUAGCUAUAACCAUAUUAUAAUCAAGUAGUUGUAGAUUGCAAACCUCUCUUUGUAAAAAUUUUUUUUCAAACAUGAUCUGAGUCGAUAAAA